AUGGAUUCCAAUAAACCAUUUUCUAAAGUUUCAGUGAUAUUAUUUUUGGUGAUUUUCUGCGACAAAGUUUGCAGCUAUGAUACUUCUCGUGUGAAGAAACACGGUGAUAAUGCACAUGAAAAAUUUUAUGAUAUUAAUUCAUUAUUGGAUUCUUGGCAAGAAGCAUGCCAAUCAGAAUCAGGUGGCAUAGUUUCAGUACCGGAUGGAACAUUUCAACUCGAUCCCAUAGAAUUUGAAGGGCCAUGUAAAAAUCAAGUAACAUUUCAGCUUGAUGGGACUCUUCAGGCACCAACAGGUAUAAUUAAUGGAGACGACUGGAUUAAAUUUCACAAUAUUGAUGGAUUAAUUAUCCAAGGAAGUGGUACACUAGAUGGACAGGGAGCUUCAGCUUGGCAAGACAAAUGCCCAUCAUGUCCACCUCUUACCACUUCGCUGACAUUAUCAUCGGUUACCAAUGCACAAGUUACUGGAAUCACAUCACUUAAUAGCAAAGGUUAUCAUAUCAAAGUAAACAAGGGUGGUGGAACAACAAUCGAACAUGUAACCAUAACUGCACCUGAAGAUAGCCCAAACACAGAUGGUAUUCACACUAGCGAAGCGAAUAACAUCAACAUUUUAAACUCAGAUAUUGGAACGGGAGAUGACUGCAUAUCAAUUGGAGAAGGAACUCAAAACAUUAAUAUCACUGGAAUUAAUUGUGGACCCGGACAUGGUAUUAGCAUCGGAAGCAUUGGAAAAAAUGCAGACGACGGAAGUGUGAGCGGGGUGCAUGUUAUGAGUUGCACUAUGACUUCUACGGAAAAUGGUGUUCGAAUUAAAACAUGGACUUCUGAUUGUUCCGCAACUGUUUCUGAUGUCACAUUUCAUGACAUCACUAUUGAUCAAGCUAGUAAUCCUAUAAUUAUCGAUCAACAAUAUUGUGGAGGAUCUCAUGAGUGUGGCGAAGACCCUUCACAUGUUCAAGUUAGUGAUGUCAAGUUUAUAAAUGUACAUGGAAUAUCUAAGUCAGAAGUCGCAAUCAAUCUUCAAUGCAGUUCUACAAUGCCAUGUCAAGGAAUUGAACUAGACACUAUAGAUCUAAGUUUGGAUGGUGGUGAACAAACAACUGCUUCAUGCUCCAAUGUUAAUGCAACUUAUGAUGGAUCGCAAAAUCCUCCUCCAUGUUCAAACUCAUUAUAUCAUCGCCAUUUGUAA